UGCACUUGGCAAAUGGGAAACGAUCAGAAAAAAGUUAUAGCUGCCAAACAUUCAAGCUCCCAUUUCCAAUUUGGCCAUGUUGUUCGUUUGGUCUUCUUCAUUAUAGGCAUAUCAAUUGGAAUCUCAUUCAGUGUUUACUUCAAAAGCUUUGUUUUCUUAUUGAGGACCAGUUUACUAAAUUCAUUACGACAACCACCACCACCCUUUAUAUUGUCACAACCACUAUCACUAGUACCACAGCAGAACUCUACUCCACGGCUGCCCUCGCCUGUCGAUGCCGAUGUUGAAUCCAAAGUUAAGCCAAAUAUCUUGCAUAACAUGGAGGACAACGAGUUGUUCUCCCGGGCUUCUUCGGUUCCAAGGACUCUGCCUAAAGUUGCUUUCAUGUUCUUGACAAAGGGACCCAUACCUUUGGGUCCCCUUUGGGAAAUCUUCUUCAACGGCCAUGAAGAUCUAUAUAACAUUUAUAUUCAUUCACAUCCUUCUUUCAUUGAUUCAACUCCUCAAAACUCUGUUUUCUACGGACGAAUGAUCCCUAGCCAGCCCGUAGAAUGGGGAAAAUCAACAAUGUUGAAUGCAGAAAGAAGGCUCUUAGGGAAUGCCCUCUUGGAUUCCUCCAACGAGAGAUUUGUUUUAGUAUCCGAAAGUUGUAUUCCUUUGUUCAACUUCACCAUAAUAUACAACUAUCUCAUAAAUUCCAAGAAAAGCUUUACGGGCUCCUUCGACGAUCCAAGCAAAGUUGGCCGUGGUCGCUACAACCCCAAAAUGUCUCCUGAAAUUGCCUUAUCAGAUUGGCGAAAAGGCGCACAAUGGUUUGAGGUGAAUCGAAAGCUUGCUGUUGAUAUUGUAUCGGAUACAAAAUACUACCCCAUAUUCCAAGAACAUUGUAAUAUUCCUUGUUACAUGGAUGAACAUUAUAUUCCGACAUUGAUUAACAUUAUUAGACCAGAAGAAAACUCGAACCGAAGUGUUACUUGGGUUGAUUGGUCCAAGGUUGGUCCACACCCGGGAAAAUUUACAAGGAAUGAUGUUACGCCUAAGUUUCUCAACAAGAUAAGGUUUGGAAAUAACUGCACUUACAAUGGCGACAACACCACUAUGUGCCUUUUAUUUGCUAGGAAGUUCAUGCCCAAUACUUUGCCACCUUUGUUGCAAUUUGUACCCUUAUUUCUUAAUACUUCAAUACCAGUUUAAUUAAUACUAUAUAUAUAUUUUGAACUAUAAUUUAUAAUUUUAAAUUAUUCAUUAUUUUGUGCUUAUUAUAUAUUUACAGGUUUAGGGAGUUUUCAUGCCCCUAACAAUUUUGCAAUAACAUUGUUGCAAUUUGUACUUCUAUAUAAGUUUGAUUUAUAUUAUAAGGAGGGUGUUAACCAAUA